CCCUCCGCCUAGCCCCAGCUCCGCGAGGGCGAAACGCUUUCUCCCGGCAUGCAGCGGGAGGAGGGAUUUAACACCAAGAUGGCGGACGGCCCGGAUGAGUACGAUACCGAAGCGGGCUGUGUUCCCCUUCUCCAUCCCGAGGAAAUCAAACCCCAAAGCCAUUAUAACCAUGGAUAUGGUGAACCUCUUGGACGGAAAACUCACAUUGAUGAUUACAGCACUUGGGACAUAGUCAAGGCUACGCAAUACGGAAUAUAUGAACGCUGCCGUGAGUUGGUGGAAGCAGGUUAUGAUGUUCGGCAACCAGACAAAGAAAAUGUUACACUCCUCCAUUGGGCUGCCAUCAAUAACAGAAUAGACUUAGUCAAAUACUAUAUUUCGAAAGGUGCUAUAGUGGAUCAACUUGGCGGUGACCUAAAUUCAACUCCAUUACACUGGGCCACAAGACAAGGCCAUCUAUCCAUGGUUGUGCAACUAAUGAAAUAUGGUGCAGAUCCUUCAUUAAUUGAUGGAGAAGGAUGUAGCUGUAUUCAUCUUGCUGCUCAGUUCGGACAUACCUCAAUUGUUGCUUAUCUCAUAGCAAAAGGACAGGAUGUAGAUAUGAUGGAUCAGAAUGGAAUGACACCCUUAAUGUGGGCAGCUUAUAGAACACAUAGUGUGGAUCCAACUAGAUUGCUUUUAACAUUCAAUGUUUCAGUUAACCUUGGUGACAAGUAUCACAAAAACACUGCUCUGCAUUGGGCAGUGCUAGCUGGGAAUACCACAGUCAUUAGUCUUCUUCUGGAAGCUGGAGCUAAUGUGGAUGCCCAAAAUAUUAAGGGUGAAUCAGCACUUGAUUUGGCAAAGCAGAGAAAAAAUGUGUGGAUGAUCAACCAUUUGCAAGAGGCAAGGCAAGCAAAAGGAUAUGACAACCCAUCUUUCCUUAGAAAGCUCAAAGCUGAUAAGGAAUUUCGGCAGAAGGUUAUGCUAGGAACUCCUUUCCUAGUUAUUUGGCUGGUUGGGUUUAUAGCAGACCUAAAUAUUGAUUCUUGGCUCAUUAAAGGGCUAAUGUAUGGUGGCGUUUGGGCUACAGUACAAUUUCUUUCAAAAUCCUUUUUUGAUCAUUCAAUGCAUAGUGCAUUGCCCCUUGGAAUAUAUUUGGCAACCAAAUUCUGGAUGUAUGUGACGUGGUUCUUCUGGUUUUGGAAUGAUCUCAACUUUUUAUUUAUCCAUCUUCCAUUCCUUGCCAAUAGUGUUGCCCUUUUCUACAAUUUUGGAAAAUCUUGGAAAUCAGAUCCAGGAAUUAUUAAAGCUACAGAAGAGCAAAAGAAAAAGACAAUAGUUGAACUUGCAGAGACAGGAAGUCUGGACCUCAGUAUUUUCUGCAGUACCUGUUUGAUACGGAAACCAGUGAGAUCCAAACAUUGUGGUGUGUGCAACCGCUGCAUAGCAAAGUUUGAUCAUCAUUGCCCAUGGGUGGGUAACUGUGUAGGUGCAGGCAACCAUAGAUACUUUAUGGGCUACCUAUUCUUCUUGCUUUUUAUGAUCUGCUGGAUGAUUUAUGGUUGUAUUUCUUACUGGGGACUCCACUGUGAGACCACUUACACCAAGGAUGGAUUUUGGACAUAUAUUACUCAAAUUGCCACUUGCUCACCUUGGAUGUUUUGGAUGUUUCUAAACAGUGUUUUUCAUUUCAUGUGGGUGGCUGUAUUACUCAUGUGUCAGAUGUACCAGAUAUCAUGUUUAGGUAUUACUACAAAUGAAAGAAUGAAUGCCAGAAGAUACAAGCACUUUAAAGUCACAACAACAUCUAUUGAAAGCCCAUUCAACCAUGGAUGUAUAAGAAAUAUUAUAGACUUCUUUGAAUUUCGAUGUUGUGGCCUCUUUCGUCCUGUUAUUGUGGACUGGACCAGACAGUAUACAAUCGAAUAUGACCAAAUAUCAGGCUCUGGGUACCAGCUUGUGUAGCACCAUCUUUAUCUAUGAAGCAUAUUGCUGAGUGGUGCCUGAAAACUGUGUCUGUCCGUGUCUCUCUCACACUCGAAUCCACAUCCUUUGAACAAUAGCAUGCUAUGUGUAGGGCUAACAAUGAAUUUUACAGUCUUAUUUUUUUUUCCCGACACUUUUAUUAACAAAAGUAAACAUGGACAGAACACACUGCCACUACUGGAAAGAAGAAAGAUCAUAAAAAAGGAUUUUAAUGGUUCAUAAUGUGGGAAUUCACAGUCUGCUCAACUCUUGGUUUAAUUCUCAUAGUACAUUUCAUGAAAAAAGAGUGAAAUUAUUCUGUUAACAGACAUGGUAUGCUAAUUAGAAAUGUUCAAUUGUAGCUAACUUUAGAUUUAUGGUCUAUGGUUUAAGUUUAUGAUGCAGUCUAUUGCAUCUCAUUCCAGAAGAGUGAUCUUAAAUUGAUUCAGAUUAGUAUGUGUACAUUUUAGAAUGUACAUGUAAAUACUGUGAUAAAAAUCAUGUGGGUGUAUUAGAUCUACUGUAACGUGUCUUCAAAGGCACGAGAAAAUAAUGUUCACAAAAAAUGUGCUGACAAUAUUUUACUUCUCUCAGCUGUUGCCUUGCUGAUAUAUUUCUAGUUCAGUGAAAUAAUUUGUAGUAACCUUGCUCUGAGGUCUUAAUGAUCUGAUAAUAAAGCACUUGCAUGAGUAGAAUAAAGCACAUUAUUUUGUUCAAACUUAAAAGCCCUACUAAGUGCAUGAUACACUUCAUAGAAUGUAUACUAGCAGAUACUAUACAGUGAGCAUAAAUUAGAAUUUAAUUUGGUGUUCAAACAGCCCAAUUUUUAAGCGUUGAGAUGUAUUUUCAAGAAAUGGCAAAAUUCUCAGUAGUAGAUAUAAAUGGAUAUCCUUUAUAAUUCUAAGAUAUGAAAUAAAUUAUAUGCAAAAUAAUGGAGUGUUGCUAAGACAGAGCAUGAGAUUCUGCACAUAGCACAUGCAGAUUGAAGAAAAACUAAUGGUAUAUUCUGGUUUUUAAAAAUGACCUAUCAGAAAGUAGAAUUU